GGGGAGGACUGUUUAUAUAAACAGGACACCUCUGUAAACGACACUAAUAUUUGGGGUUAGGUGGCGAUGGAAAGGAAGGUCCUUUUGAGCUCGGAGAUUCCGCAGUAACCAGGCGCGGAUCUUUCCUAGCAGCUUUUAAGAAAGGGGGUUCGGUUUGGGGUGAUAUUUCUUGGGGGGGUGUGCACAACCUACCAUGGCCACAUCCAGCAGGAUCAGUUUUACAGUGAGGAGCAUUUUGGAUUUACCAGAGCAAGAUGCUAAUAGCAUAAAGCAAGCCUCUGAGCAUCCCCACUCAGCGGAGAACUACACCGGCUCGCCGUACCGAGGGUGGAUAGAAACAGACAGAAAUCACUAUCCCUCUUCCGACGAGAGCGGCACGGAGAUGAGCUUGCCUGACUCCACCCAAAGGUCGCUUCCCGUCCGCGGCUCGGAGGCCGAGGAGAAGAAGAAGAAGAGGCGGGUGCUCUUCUCCAAGGCGCAGACGCUGGAGCUGGAGCGGCGGUUCCGGCAGCAACGGUACCUCUCGGCUCCGGAGCGGGAGCAACUGGCCCGCCUGCUCAGCCUCACCCCCACGCAGGUGAAGAUCUGGUUCCAGAACCAUCGCUACAAGAUGAAGCGGGCGCGCAGCGAAGGUCCCGGCAGUCCCCCGCCGCGCCCGCCCGCCCUGCUGCGCCGGGUGGUGGUACCGGUGCUGGUGCGGGAUGGGGAGCCCUGCCGCGGCUGCCCCGCUAGCCCACCGCCACCCACCCCACGGCCCAAGCUGGGCUGCGCCCUGGCGGGAUGCAGCGCCCAGGCCGCCCUCGCCCUGCAGGGCUACGGAACCUGCCCGCCCGCUGCCGCCCUCGGCGUCUUCCCCGCGUACCAGCACUUAGCGCACCCCGCCGUCGUCUCCUGGGGAUGGUGACAGCGGCGCUUCGCCCUCUGGGACCGGACUCAUCCCACGGACGCGGGGCGGCCCGCUCCAGACCCAGGCUCUAGCGCGGGGAAGCGCCGAGGCGCGCCGGGGCACCGCGGAGGCCGCGCUCGGGCGGGCCGGGCGGCGGAGCGCGGCUCCGGGGCAGUGGCCCGCGGGCCGGAACGAAGCUGGCCCGGGCCAUGCUCCCCUCCUCCGGUCUCGCCCGAGGGCGCGGAUGCCGCGUGAGGCGCGAAUUUUGUAAAACCUCCGCUCCUCCUGCUCCUUUUCGAGAGAUUCCUAGUUACAAAAUAAUGACCAUCCUAGCGACAUAGUGUAUUUUAAAAUAGCUGACUCUUCCAGUGACUAAUAAAACUGGUUUUGGCAAUUAAUUUUUUUCUACGGAGAAGAGUAGUUUUGACGAUUGGGACUGUGUCGUAGAAUUGCCUCCUGUGCUAUAAAAAGCUUAAAUACUUGUCUUGAUUGCGCCAGCCGAAUUUAACUUUCAAGUUCGUUUAUUUUAUCUACAUGCGCCGGU